AUGAAGGCUGACAAUCAGCUGGUCAAGGCUCCUGCGGCCGUCGGAGGCAAAGGCCCUGCCACUGAGCCCACGCCCCUGGCUAAGCUUGAGGCGGCCACUCUUGUCGCGGAAGAUCCAGCUCUUCGCUCGGCGUUGCAGGCUCAGAUUGAUAAGUUGAAGCAGGCCCAAGGAGCCUCUCAGAGCAGCGACACCUCGCCCGAUGAAGCAGUCAAACGUGCAUCAGGAGCAGUGCGGGAUGCCACGCUGAAGCACGACCAGGCCAUCCAGUCCUUCAUCAAGGCCAGGAACAACUUGUCUCGAGCGGAGGCUCGCGAGAAGGAGACUUCUCUGGCACUUGCGCGGGCUGAACGGCAGAAGUUGACGGCUACCAAGGCCCUGGCGUCCAGCGUGGGUAUCGCAGCUCCAGAAUCUGGCAAGGAGGGCUUCUUCGGAGUAUGCUUCGACGAGACUUUCUUCCAGAACAUAGACGGCAUCCCAUGUAUUACAGACACGGAGAAAGACGAACUCAAGGAGAUCGAGCGACAGCUCAAAGGCUUCAAGACGCAGAUGGAGACCAAGAAUGAGGAGAUCAUGACCUGGGUCAACAAGAAGGAGCAGAUGCAGAAGCAGCUCCACGACAGGAGUCUCCUGAAGCUCAACUCCAACGUGAGGCUGAUCGUAUUAGUGAAGUCAAGCUACAGGCAGCGGAGAAGGCAGCGGCAGCCAAGGCGGGUCGGCACAUCGGAGCGCUUCGACGUCGACUACGGCUUCUGA